CUGAACUUAUUUGCAUACUUUAGGUUUAGCUUAAAAUCACUGGCGUUGGUCAUAUCAAAAACGAAAGAAACAGCAGAUCCCAUCACGCUCUUCUGCAGACGCAUAUUACAGUUUCAUAAUACAGUAUCAGAUUUGGAAUUGCUUGAAAUAAUAAAACCAAAUUUGAUCAAAAUAUUUGAUCUGUACAAGAAUGAAGCGUAUCAAAAUAAUUAUCAAUACUUUCGAAUUUUUUUACUUGCCGUUCGUUUUAUUUUUUCUCCUACAAUAUACCAAACAUUUAUAUUAUUUACAAAAUAUUUAAGUGAUAUAAAUGCAUUCAAAAUAUUUAAUGCAUUUUAUGCAAAUGGCAUAUUUACGAAAAUAUCGGAAUUUUAUAUUAGUUGGAUUAAACGUUGUAGUAGCAAUCAUAAUUUCGUCCGAUCCAUUCUUAUCAAAGCAGGAAGAAUGAAUGCUGAACCAAAAUUAGUCAUUGAUAUUGCGAGAAGGUUAGAAUGCUAAUU